AUGAUGAAACAAGUGAAAACUGAAAUUGUCGAUUUGGAAUAUGAUGACGCUGAAAGAUGGCAAGAGCAGGAAGAUGAUGAGGACGCUCUGCUCGUUGCCAGAAAAAUAAAACAAGAAUUUGAAGCCAACUCCCCAUCUCCGACUCCUCAACCUGUUCAUGUAGUAAGAGAAUCGCACAAUCACCGUCAUCCACCAGAAAUCGAACGACCGUCCGCUCCUAUUGUGUUCGACCAUUUUAUAUGUAUGCGAAUCGGUUUGAAUUCUCGAAACAACGUGCAAAGAUUAAUGGCACUAUUGACUGCUCAUGAAUUUGUAGACCUCACAGUCCUACCCGGUCCCUCAAUGAUGGCACCACCAAUGCCACAGAUGUUACCAAUUGGUAUCCCUCGACAUCACUCCCAACCGCCAUCCCGAAUACUCACACUUUGCCAACAAGAACCAUCAACUUCCAAUGGGAAUCCACAUGAAAUUUUGACGAUAGAACCCAGAAACCGUAUGGUUCCUCAGUUCACCCACCUGAAAGUAAAACGGAAUGUAGUGAAGAAGAUGGUUCCAAAAACAUUCAUAAGGCCUACACCAUCUGCGGAUUGCGGUAUAAUACCAAUCAACAUGCAAUGCAGAAAGUGUGAUGAGAUAUUACCAAAAGGGUCGCACGGAUCGAGUGCUCUGAAUCACGUACAAAAAAAUCAUCUUAAAAUGGCUGCUUUUCAGUGUAGAAUAUGUAAACACUACAGAACUACUCAGGAAAGGAUACAAUCCCAUGUGACAACAGUUCACAAGGCCAAAUCAACAAAAUUCGACUCUUCACUAGCCGGACCACUCUCAUCUGAAGAUAUGAAGAAAAUGGAAGAAAUGAUAACAUAUUGCUUUCCAAAAUUAAAAAUGGAACUACAAGUAACCGAUCGUUUGAUAGCCAAAACCAUGGAAGUUGAUCUCUCUACAAGCAAAUCAUAA